AUGACUGAAGUUUUAAAAGAACUUCCGCUAAUGCGAGCGAAAGCUACGGCUUUAUAUAAUCAAACAAGUGUAGGCCCUAAUGUAGGUCCUGGCUCAUAUAAUAUUGACUAUAAAAUAUCUUCUAACACGGCAUAUGCACCAUUUGGUAUGACAUCAGAGCGUUCGCCGCUGGGUUUUAAUGAUGUAAAGACGCCUGGGCCAGGCGCGUAUGAUAUUUCCCCAUCGUUGGUACCUCAUAAAAAUGGCUUAGCAUCUUGCCCUUUUCUGUCUACUUCGGUAAGAUUCCCCUUUUUAGGGGAGAACGGUCAACCAGGUCCAGGGGCUUAUGAAUUAACUGAUAAGUGGCCAACGAAGAAACGCUGCCGAGGAUACAAAUUCCCGAUCGGAAGAGAGGAUUGUGGUUCUCCGCUGGAAGUGGAUGUUGAUUCGAGGGGUUGUGAAGUAUUUGAUUUACCACAGCCACGGAAAGCGGCUCCUGGUAUUGUUAACUUUGAUCGAUAUAGUUGCCGUGAUAAUUCGCAACAAUCUUCAACACCUGGACCUGGCAGUUACGAGCCCAAUUCAAAAAUUCACACCCUCUACGAUUUCAAGCCAUCUUCAAUGUUUGCGUCAACGACAGCUAGGUCCCAAGUUCCCAUAGCGAAAGUUCCUGGCCCCGGUACUUAUGAAAUCAAGUCAGCCUUUGCCUAUUCAAAACCGAUCGAGCAUUUCGGCUACACUGGUCCACGAUUUCCGAGAAGCACAAAUAGUGAAACCCCCGGCCCGGGACACUACACCGCCGAGAUUGCCCCUCGGCGCCCUCGACCUUUAAAUGCAUCACAGGCAUUUCCCUUUUCUUCCACUGCAGAUCGCUUUACGGAUAAAACAGGCUUCCCCACACGGGUUUCUGAAUUUUAUGAUGCUAAUCCACUGCCAAAGAAGCUUUACUUUGGAGGUGAAUCUCCUUUCGGAUCCACAGUUCCACGUUUCCAUCAAGCCGCCUCUAUGAACGAUGUCGGAGAUCGCGAUCCUUCCCCUUCCAGCAGGCCUCUAAGAUUUCCACAUCGAGUUAUGCGUACUCAAAAUUCUCUAGAUCACCGUCCCAAACCACCUCCGGAGCCUAGGAUAUUUUAUGAUAUAAAAUAUGACUGGCCGAAACCUACUACUUUAAAAGGCACAUUUGGGGAUUCCACAAGGAACGGAAAUCCUUUAGUGAAUGAUAAUCUUCCUGGGCCUGGAAGUUAUAAUUUAGAACCUCAUCAGAAUAUUGGGCACUCUAGUUGGAGCAAAGAUCUUCGCUAUACGGGUAACACUGCUAAUAGUACUCCGGGUGCAGGAUCAUAUUAUCACGAAUCAACAUUACUAAAGAAAUCACACAAUCAAACAACUGCAUUUCACACAACAUGGUAG